CUUAAAUUUGCUUUCUUGGAGAGAGAAAGAAGGUAAAGGAAGAUACUUUCCUCCGACGAGGGCGGCAAACCGGCUGCGCCGGAUUCGCGAAAAUUUUGGGCGCCGGUUGGGUCUGAUUUUCUAAACUUUGGUUUCUAGCAGGAAAAAAAAAUUAUUAUUAUUAUUAUUUUUGUCGGAAUAAUAUCGCCGGACUCGUUGACUACAUCUCUGCGAAUCUCUUCUUCUUCCACGGGUCACCGUCCACUGCGAAUCUCUUCUUUGGCUUCACCGCCGGUUUGCGUCCUCUAUUUUUUAAUCAUCUCAUCUUCUCUUUGAUUCAGAUCUACAUAUAAAUCGCCUAAAUGUUUCUAAUCUUUGACUCCAUCCUGUUUUUUUCUGAAAUUGUUAUAUAUUAGUUUCUGAAAGUUCGUCCCUCUCCAAUCUCCAACUCUAAUGACCAAGGCUUUUCCACCGGUGGCUAAAGCUUCGGCUUUCAAAGGAGGAGACUUUUCUCCCAGAGGCUUGGCAAGAAUAGCAAGUAAUCAUCCCGUUCCAGCCUGUUUCGCCAUCUCUCUCUUCUUCUUCAUGGGUGUGGAGUACACGCUUAAGAUGGUGCCUUCUUCUUCUCCUCCAAAAGAUUUCGGCUUCCUCCUCACAGAGAAUAUCCAUGGCUUUCUCAGAGCAAGGCCUGAUUUCAACUCCUUCCUUGCUGCCCUCAACACCGUAUUUGUGGGAAUGCAAACAGUUUAUAUAGUGUGGGUUUUGUUGGUGGAAGGGAGGCCACGAGCAACAAUUGCAGCUCUUUUCAUGUUUACUUGCAGAGGUGUCAUGGGUUACUUUACUCAGCUUCCAUUGCCGCAUGAGUUCUUGAGCUCUGGAGCGGACUUCCCUGUGGGAAAUGUAUCCUUCUUUCUCUUCUUCUCCGGCCAUGUUGCCGGAGCAGUGAUUGCAUCGCUUGACAUGAGAAGGAUGAGGCGAUGCUGGCUGGCCUUGUUGUUCGAUCACCUCAAUGCUCUCCAAGCGCUUAGGCUGCUGGCCACAAGAGGGCACUACACCAUUGACUUGGCUGUAGGCCUAGCCGCUGGUUUCUUUUUUGAUAUGUUGGCUGGAAAGUAUGAGGAUUGGAAGAGUCAUACUGUGCCUUAAAAUAUUUCUACCAAAGGGCAGAUUGUUCAUGUUGCAACUGCAACUAGAUGAGUCCCUCUUUAUGUUGCACACUUGUAUGGGUGAAUAGAAUAAAGUUAUUUGGGUCAGUUUACUUGGAUGUUAAAAAGGUUUGUUUGGUAUGCUAUUAUAGGCAUGAUUUUAGUAAGACUUGACUUAAAAAAUUGUCAAGCAAAAUUUUUAUAAACUAAGAGUCUACUGUUUUGAUAAAUUCCAUC